GGGCCGGGCUGUGCCGGGAGCUGCCGGAGCUGGAACUGGUACCGGUGUCGACUCCGCUGCCGCGGCCGCGCCCGCCGCUGCUGGGGGAGGCGGCGCCGGUGCCGCGCCCCCGCGCCCCGCCCGCCCCCGGCAGCAGCAGCAGCGGCAGCGGCAGCCUCAGCACCUCCGCCAGCUCCGCCAGCAGCUCCAGCGGCAGCACCAUGGACCUCUCCUUUAUGGCCGCGCAGGUGCUUCCUGUUAUGGGAGGAGCCUUUAUGGACUCACCCAACGAGGACUUUAGUACAGAGUACUCCUUGUUUAACUCAUCAGCCAACGUCCAUGCAGCUUCGUCCAUGCAGAAUCCACCAGAAGAGACAUCCCGUUCUUCAAAUGAUGCCAUAUUGUUAUGGAUUGCAAUAAUAGCAACAAUUGGAAAUAUUGUGGUUGUGGGAGUGGUGUAUGCCUUCACCUUCUAGGAUGACUGUCACUAUAAGCACUGGAAGAGAGGAAAACUUCAACAGUAUUUGUCAUGUGUAUGUAUGUAUGUGUGUAUAUAUACAUGUAUAUCAAUAUAAAUACAUAUAGGUAGGGACUUUGUUGAUUAGGUGCUGCCACGGUUAUGGAAAUGAAAUGCAAGUUAAUCAUGUUAAAUCUUCAUGGCAGAAAGUUUGGAUGCAAGUUGUAUGGAAGUGAGAGCUUUAGCUGAAGAGCCAAUAUCAGUUUUGUAUAGAAAUGUAAUAAAAGAGAGAUCAACUUGGGUGUAGUAAAUACAGAGAAGGUGAUAUUUAUUUAGAAAGUGCUUAUUUUCUACUGUAGAUUUUUCUAGCAGCUCUUCUACUGUUUGUCAGCUCUUUCUUUGUGUAAUUUUUUACUGUGGUAUAAUGUUGUAUGGAAUUGUUCCAUGUCAUGUUUUCUGGACAUCUUAGUUUUCUAGAUGGAUUAAAUGCUUGGCAUUGGCUUGGUUCUGAUGAAGUCCAGGUUCAUCAUGUGUGAGUCUUCAGCAUGUGCAUAUGCUCCUAGGCUGUGUUGAAAAUCAUGGGUCUUAGAGCUCUGACAGGCAGAGGCAGCUAUCUAGGACUUGCCUUCCAGUACCAGUUACUAGAGCUGAUAAUUGAUGAAAUGAUGCUGAACCUGUCUGUUUGGGAGAAGGCACAGCUAUUGCUGCUCUGCAGACCCUCCCUAUUCCAGGAGAGGAAAUGAUAAACAGAGCAGCAGCACAAGCUCCCAUUUCUGUCUAGGGGUACUGAAUUGCUGUGGUUUGUAUAUCUGUCCCUUCCAGGAAACAAAGGCUUAAUGCCAUGCUUUUCAUCUCAUUUCAGUGUAGUCCAGAUUUCUUACAGCAGCUCUGUACUUUCAUAAGGUUAUUAAUCUAAUGAAAGAAUGUGGGAAAAUUGGGAAGGCUGAUGGUUAUGAGUAAGAUAAAAUUGAAAGAAAGAUUGGACACUUAUGCACUCACAAGGGAAUGAAUACAUCAAUCAGGUGUGUCAUGGGGUAGAAACACAAAAAAGGUUAUAAGUGACAGAUAUGCAAGUGCUUAUAUUUCAGUAUUAAUAUAUCUCUGGGUUCUGGUGAGGAUUCUGGAAAUGAUUUUUAUAUAGCCUGCUGUAGGUAACUACUCUGAUUAUUUGGAUUUGUUCUAUUGAGGGAAAACAUUUUCAUUGCGUUGUUCCUAUAGGCAGUUCCUUUUCAAGAGCUGUAUCUUUUCAAAACAAACUGUAGCCUUAUUUGCUUGAGAAAUAUAAAAUCUUGAGGAAAAGAAACAAAAUCAGCUCUAUUGAAAAUCUCCCUCCUCCCCCUUAAAAAAUUAAACAUAAAUAUAUAAAAUGACGCUUUGAGAGUAGCAGACAAAUUCUUCUUCUGUGUCUGCAUGUACUGUCUAGGUUUUCUGUCUCAUAUAGCUACUACCCUGAUUCCAGAAUGCCUUGUCUUCAGGCACAGAGACUAUUUUUGACACUAGCCUGCCACUGAGCUUGAGGCUGGACUAAGAGCUGCUGAAUGUAUAGAGACGUUUGGAUUUUCUUCUUUUCUCUUUAAACCCAUUUUCCUGCAGGGCUGGUGGACAGUUACUUGAAUCAAAGCAGCAUGCCCCAAAUCAGUAUUUAUAACCACUCAGUAGUCACUGUGUAGUUGCAAACAGAGAUAGCAGUGGGGAGAAAAGAAACUAAGUUAUUUUGAGGCUGAGAAAAACAAUGACAAGCUUCUCUGCAUGUUGUUAUUUUCCUAUUUGGAGGCAGGAUUUUGUGAAAAUGGUUGAGGACAGACAAAACCUGUGCUGGGGUAAAGUUUGAGAACCCCAGUUCUAGAAAAUCAGAGGGAAAUAAAGCAAAUUCUGUCUAACAAAAUAGCUUUAGUUUUAAGAAUUACAGAAAAAUUAUGUUUUCCACAGUGCUAAAAUAGCUAUUGAUUCCUUCAUAGGCAGAGGAAAGUGAAAAAAAGGGGAACUGCAUAAAUAGUGUACUUUGCCUGUUCUUACACCCCUCCUUGCUGAGCAGAAAGAAAGCUGUUAAAUGAGGCUGGAAAGCUGCAGAGAAGUUCCUGGUGCAGAAUCAAGCAGGACAACGUCUAGUGUAUGAACAUGUAGGACCCAUGAAAAUAUUGCUUAAUGUACUGUCCUGUCCCCAACCAUUUUCUAAUAUUCUGUUGCCUUUGUAAUUGUAUCAAUUACUCAUCAACUUCCUUCAGUGUUUUUGUAGGCUCUCUACUUAAGCCUGCAAGCAUUGUUUUUGCAUAAAGAGCAAAACAUUUCCACCAUGCUUAAAACCAGUUUGACACUAUGGUACUUGCCCAGUGGGAUUAUUCUGCUGCCUAAUGAAUUUUCCAGUGGAGUGCUUUGUUUAAAUUUCCUGGAAUAUUAAUCUUAAUGCAAUUAGCAAUGUUUGCAUCUCUUUCCCAGAGCACUGAACUAAACUCUUCAACCAUGAAGAAAAGCAUCAGAGUGGGAAGAGCAAAGAACAACCACUCUGCUAAUGAAACUGAGUGACACUUUUGUGUUGUUUUUCCCAAAGAAAAUGCCCUACUUUCAUAUGAAAUUGAUAGUAAUAGUAGGAGUGUUAGAAAACAAUGAGUUUCGCCUCCUGAAUCCAGAUCAUCGUCAUACAUAUUUUUGUCAUUAGAGACUGAGUUGUCAAGAAGGGCCAGACAGAGCUUUAAUUAAAGUAAUUGGCUUUGACAGGGUGACAUGGCAAGCUGGGUGGAAGCAGCAAGUGCAGGCAUUUCCUGUCUCAUACCUAAAUUGCACACUAACUGUGCAGCUCC